CAGCAGCACCGCCGAGGGAGGGAAGGCAGCGACGCCCACAAGCUCCAGGGACCAGCAGCGGCAGAGCCGACGACACGCAGCCAACCCCGCCGCCGCCCUUGGGUGUUGCAAAGAGAAGUCUCUCAGAAGAAAGGAGGAGCCCCCUCAGGCUGCUGCAUGAACAUUUGCUUUCGGACCAAGAGGAAUACUUCAAGAACCGAAAAUGCCAAAACCAGUCAAUGUUCGAGUUACCACAAUGGAUGCAGAACUGGAGUUUGCCAUCCAGCCUAAUACAACAGGCAAACAGCUGUUUGACCAGGUGGUCAAGACUAUAGGAUUGCGUGAAGUCUGGUACUAUGGUCUUCAGUAUGUGGAUAACAAAGGAUUCCCAACCUGGCUGAAGCUUGACAAAAAGGUCUCGGCUCAAGAGGUCAAGAAAGAGAACCCACUGCAGUUCAAAUUCCGUGCCAAGUUUUUCCCUGAAGACGUAGCUGAGGAGCUGAUCCAGGACAUCACACAGAAGCUGUUCUUUCUGCAGGUGAAGGAAGGCAUCCUUAGUGACGAGAUCUACUGUCCACCGGAAACUGCAGUUCUCCUUGGAUCUUACGCCGUGCAAGCUAAAUUUGGAGACUAUAAUAAAGAAUUACACAAGGCUGGAUAUCUCAGUUCUGAACGCCUCGUUCCCCAGAGAGUAAUGGACCAACAUAAACUCUCACGAGAACAGUGGGAGGAGCGGAUUCAGGUCUGGCAUGCUGAACAUGGUGGGAUGCUCAAAGAGAGUGCCAUGCUGGAAUACCUGAAGAUUGCCCAGGACUUAGAGAUGUAUGGAAUCAACUACUUUGAAAUUAAGAAUAAGAAAGGGACGGAUCUCUGGCUGGGGGUAGAUGCCCUUGGGCUGAACAUUUAUGAGAAGGAUGACAAGUUAACCCCUAAAAUUGGCUUUCCUUGGAGUGAGAUCAGAAACAUCUCUUUCAAUGACAAGAAGUUUGUUAUAAAGCCAAUUGACAAGAAAGCACCUGACUUUGUGUUUUAUGCUCCUCGUCUAAGAAUUAAUAAGAGAAUCCUGCAGCUCUGCAUGGGAAAUCACGAGCUGUACAUGCGCCGUAGGAAACCUGAUACCAUUGAGGUGCAACAGAUGAAAGCUCAGGCCCGUGAAGAGAAGCACCAAAAGCAGCUGGAAAGGCAACAACUAGAAAAUGAAAAGAAGAAGAGAGAGACGAUUGAAAAGGAGAAAGAGCAGAUGUUAAGGGAGAAAGAAGAGCUGAUGAUGAGACUUCAAGAAUAUGAAGUGAAGACACAAAAAGCAGAAAAAGAGCUCUCAGACCAAAUCCAAAAAGCCAGAGAGCUGGAAGAGGAAAGAAAAAGGGCUGAGGAGGAAGCUGAGCGUCUGGAGAAUGAGCGUUUGGCUGCCCUGCAAGCCAAGGAGGAGCUGGAGAAGCAAGCUGUGGAUCAGAUGAAGAGCCAGGAGCAGCUGGCUACAGAGCUUGCAGAGUACACAGCCAAGAUUGCCCUUCUGGAAGAGGCAAGGAAGCGUAAAGAGAAUGAAGUGGAAGAGUGGCAGCACAGGGCCAAGGAAGCACAAGAAGAUCUUGUGAAAACAAAAGAGGAGCUACACCUGGUGAUGACUGCUCCUCCUCCUCCACCACCACCACCACCAGUUUUUGAGCAAUUUAAUUUCCAUGUCCAUGAUAACCUUCAAGAUGAAGGAACAGAGUCCUCUGGCUACAGUGCAGAAUUUUCCAGUGAAGGCAUAUCGGAUGAUCGCAAUGAGGAGAAACGGAUUACUGAAGCCGAGAAGAAUGAGCGUGUGCAAAGACAGCUGCAGACUCUGACUGAUGAACUAGCCCAGGCCAGAGACGACAACAAGAAGACACAAAACGACCUCAUCCACACGGAGAACAUGCGACAAGGACGCGAUAAGUACAAGACACUGAGGCAAAUCCGGCAAGGCAACACAAAGCAGAGAAUUGAUGAGUUUGAGGCUAUGUAAACACACCGUUGCAAGACUGUGGGAAAAGCAGAUUUUCAAUGCUGGCUUUUCUUUCUUUCUGAAUGGUUACUGCACCGUUAUACCAAAAAAAGCCCCCAAAUCUUCACAUUUUCAAAAGCUACCUGAAUCUAACAAGCGCAGCCAUCAACUUUUGAGUAUAUCAUAAGAAUAGCUGCCAUGAAGUUAGUCAAACCUUGGUAAUAUUUGGCCCUACCUUGGUGCCAAAAGGUCUCUUAGAGUUGCUGAUCCCCCAGAUUUGUUCACAUUGUGCUCCUUAAGUGCAGGCAUCUCUACAAUGGCAGUUAUGUCCAGAUUUUGGGGGGUGGGGCACUAUUAGUAUCUUGUGCCAUCUUUCUUGUUUUUAAACACCACAUGUAAUUCACAGUUGUAAAGGUCUUUCCCUCUUGCAGAAAUGUAGGUGGAAACCUACGCGUAAGUUUGAGGAAGCUUUUUUAUUGCACUGUUGCAUUGAAGAGGCUUCCACAGUGAUCGCUCAGAAGAAAUGUAUUGCAGGCACACUCAGUUGCCUUUUUGCAUGAGACAGUCAGGGAUAUAUCGUUGGCCUUCAAGAUCAUUGAAGAGUGGUACUCCAGCUUAACCAAUCAGCUGUAGUGUAGUAUUUAUAUAUAUACCUUUGUUAAAGAUGUUAAGUGAGAGAUAUAAUUCUAGUUUGAAAAGGGAGGUUAAAAUUCUUCUGCUCUGUAUAUUUUGUUACUACUUUUCAGACUUGAUGUUUAAGGAAUACAUAAAAGAAUUAAAACAAUAUCUUAGUUUCUGGGUUGAAGCAGCAUAAGAAACUGAUUAUGAUCUAGAAAAUAUUUGUAAAGAUUUUUUUUACUUUAAAUGAAAAUCGUGAUAAAUGCCUAUGAUUCAGUAUAUACAAUUUCACUGUACCUAUUUUUUUUCUAACAAAUUUUCUAAUUUUUUAAAAAUGAUCUAGUUUCAGACUCCAACCAUGAAGGGACUUUGUCAGCUUUUUAUUUUCUCAGUUACCGAGAAUUUACAUGGAUUUCCUCCACUUAUGCCAUGUUCAGGUUAACCUUCGCCCCUAAAUGUACCCAUCUCAAUCUUUGAAAAUCUAGAAUGUCGGAAUACAUGCAUCAUUAUCUCUCUUCGACAAACGACUCCCUAUGCUGCUUUAUACUCAUAAGUUUAAACCUUUGUAUCCUGAUGACAGUGUUGUGGGUUUUGUUUUUGGGCAAUUCACCACAAAUAAAAAAAAUCUGCAAAGCGA